AUGCUCGGUGGCAUGGAUGUGAGCUACUACCAUGGCAAUCCCGCGACGGCGCUCCAUGGCGACAUUUGCUCUCCCGUUGCCACCAACCCGACAUGGAACGAUCUCGACUCUAACGCGCGAGCAACACUCGAGCAGGAUGGCGGCCCACUGUGGCAUGACCUGGUGAAGGUUCUGCAGCCGCAUAUCGUGACGCUGUCCGUUGCCCGACGCCAUCUACGUCGCAUCAAAUUCAGCCCGAUAACCGAUCAGGCGGACCUCCAUGUCUUCGAGUCAACGACAGAACGGCACUUGCUGAUGUUCUCCAAAGUUCUGGUAGCCAACCGGGGCGAAAUCGCGGUCAGGAUCAACCAGACGCUUCGCGCCCUGGGAAUCGCCCCGGUGGCGGUCCAUUCCGAUGCUGAUGCCGGCGCUCCUCAUGUGACCACGGCAGAGCAAGCCGUGGCCCUGCCGGGCAACACCGCUGAAGAGACCUACCUGAACAUCGGCACAAUGGUGCAGGCCGCCCGGGACUGCGGAGCCGAUGCCGUGCACCCGGGUUACGGCUUCCUGUCGGAAAAUCCGCAGUUCGCCCGGGCCUGCCGGGAGGCGCAGCUGACCUUCAUCGGGCCAACCGCGGAGAGCAUGGCCGACUUGGGAGACAAGCUCCGUUCCAAGGAGAUUGCCCGCCGCGCCGGUGUGCCGGUGGUGCCCAGUUCUCCGGUGCCGCCGCGGGCGGCGGUGGCCGCGGGAUGCGCCUGGUCAAACGGACGACGCGAGUUGGACGCUGAUAUGGAGGCAGCCGGCCGCGAGGCCCAGGCCGCCUUCGGCGACGGCCGCGUGUUCCUCGAACGAUACGUUGCCAACCCGCGUCAUGUGGAAGUCCAGGUGCUGGCCGAUGGCGCCGGCCACACCAUCCACCUCGGCGAGCGGGAAUGCAGCAUCCAGCGCCGCCACCAGAAGAUAAUCGAAGAGACUCCAUCCCCGGCUCUGACGCCCGACCUGCGCCAGCGCAUGGGCGAUGCGGCCAUCGCCGUGGCUCGGGAGGCGGGAUACGUCAACGCCGGGACCGUUGAGUUCCUGCUGGCCCCCCGCAGCGGCGAGUUUUACUUCCUGGAAAUGAACGCCCGGCUCCAGGUGGAGCACCCGGUCACCGAGGCCGUGCUCGGGUUGGACAUGGUGCAGUGGCAGGUCCGCAUUGCCAGCGGGGAACCCCUGACGCUGCAACAGGAGGACAUCCAGCCCCGGGGCCACGCCAUCGAGUGCCGCAUCUAUGCCGAAGACCCCUACCGCGACUUCGUCCCGUCCACCGGCACGCUGCUGCGUUGGCGUCCCCCCAGCGGGCCGGGGCUGCGGCUGGACAGCGGUGUGGUUCAGGGCCAGGAAGUUUCCAUCUACUACGACCCCAUGCUGGCCAAGCUGAUCGCCUGGGCGCCGGACCGUGAACUGAGCCGGCGCCGGAUGGAUGUGGCCCUUUCCCAGUUCCUGGUCCUGGGCGUGGUGACCAACAUUCCCCUGUUGCGGUCGGUGCUGGGACACCCGCAGUUUCAGCGGGGACAGUACGACACCGGCUUCCUGGAGUGGAACCCAGCGGUCACCAGGCCAGCCAUGACCGAUGAAUCCCGCAUGAUGGCCCGGGCGCUGGGGGCGUGGGCGGCAGGCCAACCGGUUGGAUCUUUGGCGCCCGUGGUCGGGUCGGAUGGCCCGCCCAACGUCAGCCCGUGGCGGUCCGCUGGGGAGCGGAGGCUGCCGUGA